GGCGUAGGCAACAAGGUCUUUGCGCACCAGCUGGGACCACGGUUGGAGCACGUUUUUCUGAUUGAAAACACCGGCAAACCCGAACUCGACAAUGCCACCCUACAGUUGGAUAUACCAGUCUCGACCAACGAUGGUGACCUUUUCGUCUACCUCAGCGACCGGGUGCGUCGCCAGCCAAACGCACAUUCCACCAUCCAUACACAAUCUGAAGUGUUGCAGAACCUGAAGCUCGAACCUCCGUUCUGUUGGUUAGAAGUCCAGCACCGUAUCAUUGAGCCACGGGCUAGUUGUUCUGUCGGUUGUCAUCUGGUAUAUGUUGCUGAUUUACCCGAUCGCAACCGCCAGGACAAGGAACCCGUGGUCCUUAGGCUUCUAACCCGCAAAUUAUAUGUUCGAUCUCCAGAGGUUGCACUACCUGGAAUCGGGUUUGGCUACCUGGUAAUGGUUAUUACACCAGAAAUCGCCCAUAAAUAUCUGGAGUGGGUCUCCACUCUUCCGAGGGUAGUUUCGGCAGAUGGACGGGUCGCAGGCACAUGUACAAUCGAUCCUAACUUCGUGGAUCCUCUUAACGUCACAAUCAUGGACAUACCUCAGGACGGCUCUCCAUACAAGCGAGUAGCAGUCGUUAAUAGGGCAGCUGCUCCUCUCGGAACUACUGAUCCUCCGCAAGUCCCGCCAGAGGACAAGUCUUCGAAUAUCCCGAAUGGGCGAUGGCUUGCUCAGUGGCGAGGCGGUUUUCUGGAGUACCUGCAUCUAUCCGUCCCUCCGGCACACCAGUUUAAGGAUUCAGCACAUUAUACCGAAUUGUUGCUGUAUGAGAGCUUAUUGGUUGGCCGUAACAUUGACUCUGUUGCAAUACCGCUACGAGCUGUGAUCGCUUAG